AUUUAAUUUGUGAUUGAAUGACAUUUUUCUUUUUUUGCAAUUUGUUGCCAAAUAAAUUGUGUAUUGAUUGAAUAAUGAAAAUUGAAUUAUUUUAUGGAUUUUUUCUACUUCUAAGUUCUAUAUUUUUAAUCGAAGGUAUAAAAAUUUCAUCAAAUAAAGGCGAGCCUGUGAUAAUUGAAGUUGGAAAAAAUGCAAAAGUUUCGUUGACUUCGUUGAGCUGUUUGAGUAACGGACCAGUUGAAUUGGUGCAUCACAAUGGCACUGUUUUGAAACCUAUUUAUCCAUCGACUAGAGUUCAAAAUGGGCAAGAAAAUUGGACAAUUCCUUUAAACAGCAACUCGUACACAUAUUUGGAUACUGGAAAUUUCAAAUGCCGAUCAAAAAACAACCACAAUGAUGCUGACGAAAUCUAUGUCUACUUUUUCGAUGAAAACCAUUUCCUAGCCAUGAACAAGUCGUUGGUAUUGAAUGUUACGAAUUCCAAAGUCAAUAAUAUUACAUUACCCUGCAGACCUACCUCUCCCAACGUUAAAGUUGAAUUGAAAAAAGAAGGAAAUAAUAAAGAACCUACCUACACAUAUGACCCAAAAGUUGGAUACAAUGUAACCAAACCAAACGAUCAAUCCACUAAUUUUACUUGUACAGCUAGGUACCGUAAUUCAGAUCAAACCUAUAAAAUUCAAGUGCUGGUUCAUGUUCCAGGAAAAAAUCAGACGACCACAGACAAGCCACAUAAUGACAAUACAACAAAACAUCAGACGACCACAAUCAAGCCACAUCACGAUACAAAAAAAAAUCAGACGAACCCGGACAACCCACCUAGGAAACCAAAUCCCGGAUUUUUAGCUUUAGUAAAAGAAAAAUGGUACGUUUUCGCCGGAGGUGUAGCUGUUCUCCUCGUAAUAAUAUUAUCUUUAUUGAUAUUCGUAUGCUCGAGGAAGAAAUCUGAAACACCAACAUCGGAACAUGAAUCAAAACCAGCAGCUGCAUCUGAAUGGGAAUUAAUGGAACCAAUAGCUUACUUAUCUACUCUUCGUUCGGAGCAAAAACCAUUCGAAUUUCCGCCGGAAAAACUAGAAUGCAGUAAUACACUUCUAGGGUCUGGUAAUUUUGGAGUUAUUAGAAAAGCCUUAGCUAAUGGUAUAACCGAAGAAGGUAUAAGUACGGUGGUUGCUGUGCGAAUAUACAAAUGUGACAGUCCUUUAUUCAUGAAAGCCAUCAACGAAGAAUUAAAAACGAUGAUUUAUUUAGGCCAUCAUGUAAAUAUAGUCAAUUUACUGGGAGCAUGUACUGGAAAUUCGCCAAAAGGAGAAUUAUCUAUGAUCGUGGAAUACUGCAAAUAUGGAAAUUUACGAGAUUUCAUACUAAAACGAAGAACCAACUAUUUGAAGCAAUUUAAGAACAAAAACCAACUCGAAUUAGCAUCGAGACGAAGCGUGAUGUCUGAAAACCAAAGAAUCAGCGUAUUAUCCCAUGGGCCAACGAUAGAAUCUCAAGAAUAUCUCCUCAGUGAUUCCAAAAUGUAUGACCCUAAAUGGGAUCUGAUUGAUUAUGGGGACUACAGCGAUAGUCAAAAUGUACCAAUUAAAAUUAUUGAUUUCAUCACUUGGAGUUUUCAAAUUGCUAGCGGUAUGGAGUAUUUGGCCAGUCGUCAGAUCGUACACGGUGACUUGGCAGCUAGGAAUAUUUUAUUAGCGGAGGGUAAUAUGGUAAAAAUUUCCGCUGUUGGUGUGAGCAAGAGCAUGUACGAAGUCGAAGAAUACAAGAAUAGAAGAAUUGCACUGCCUGUAAAGUGGAUGGCCAUCGAAUCCAUUCAAGAUAAAGAAUUCACAAUCGAAUCCGAUAUUUGGUCUUUUGCUAUGACAAUGUGGGAAAUAUUUUCAUUAGCCCUCGCACCAUAUGCUGGUAUCGAGCAUGCAGCCAACCUACUGGAUAAACUAUUAUCUGGACACAGACCGGAACAACCCAAGUUCGCCCCAGAUGAAAUAUACGCCAUCAUGAAAAUCUGCUGGAAUCGUAAUCCGAAACUGAGACUAUCGUUUACGAAGCUACGUGAGGCACUCGGACGUGUGCUCGAAGAAUUCAUACAAUCGCAUCACACUAAUCUGAAUAAAAUAUGCGAGAAAACAAAGGCUGAAUUAGAAGAAACCGACAACUAUUUAAGAAUACUGAAUUCGUACAAACAUCCGACACCUGCUGAAAAUCCUUCCACACUAUUUGAUAAUCCGGGAUACGCUGUGUUGAGACCUUCAAAUGAGCAAGGUGGUAAUAAUACCAGACCUGUAAGCACAAUGCAUUUUACACAUGGAAAUCCUACUCUUGCACAAAGACAUGAUGUCAGAUGGAGCUAUACAAAUGGACCUGUUUCUUACAAAAGAUAAAACUGUGCAGUCAAAAAUGGAUAAUAUACUAAUUAUAGUGCAUAUAUUUUUUACUAUAGGCAUUAACUCAUACAUCUGUGAUUAUCCUAUUCAUAUUUUUCGCCACAAUUUAGAUUUGUACAGGGUGUUCCAGAAUAACCUUUCACAUUUGUUUUUUUCAUUACUCUGAGAGAAAAACGUUUACAAAAAUUCUUUUACAACCAAAAUGAAGUAGAAAUAUGCCGUUUUUAGACCAUGUAUUUGAGUUAUCAUUAAAAAUUAAGUUUUAAAAAUUUUUCCAUCGAGAUAUUUUCCAUCAUUUUUGACACAUUCGAUCAAACAUUUUUUCGAAUUAUUGAACACUUCUCUUCCAAUCAGUCUCGACUCACGAAUAAUAUUACCUAGAAGAUGUUUUAGAGUCCUAGAUUCAUCCUGAUACACUUUUGACUUGAGGUAACUCCAUAAAAAAAAUCAGGGGGAAAAGUCAGGGAAUCGAGGUGGCCAUUAAAUUUCUGUGUUCAACGAAAUUAUUCAAUGACCAAAGUGCUCACACGCUAAACAUAAAUUGUGUUGGUCUCUGAAUGACAGGUUGCUCCAACAUACACCUAGUAAGUAACUCUAGAUACAUCGUCACGUCUGCCUUUCAGUUCAGGAACAAGAAACUCGUUUAACAUUUUGCCUUACCCCUCACCGUUACUGUUUCAUUAAACACACAUGGUCCCACUACACCAAAUUUAGCCACGCCCAACCAAACAGUCAACUUAGCGAAGUGUAGAGGUUUCUCGAGUAUUAUCAACUGAUUCUCUGUACACUGGAAGCGCACAUUCUGUAUAUUCACUUCACUGUUUGGAUAAAAAUGAGCUUUGUUACUGAUGAGUAAAGAGUAAAGAGUUCCAGGACCCUUUAUUUUUAAAAAAGGCCUUCACAGUAAAAGCACACUGUACAGCCAUAUACUUCUCCAGGGCAAAAAAUAACUAUUGAAACAUAAUUCGGCAUGCUUUGGCUACCUAUAACCGCCUUUACCAUUCCCCUAGCUCCACUUGAACACAGAUCAGUGGUUACCAAAAUGUGAAAGGUUAUUCUGGAACACCCUGUAGAUACCUACAUAUCAUAUUAAUUACCAUUACCUAUCUAUGUACGUACUACGUACUUGAUCUAUUUACUUAGGCGAAUAUAUCGAAUCUAGUCUUAUUGGGGGUGGUAUCCGACUUGUUCAUCCACCCACCCUUAAAAAAAUAUAAAAUAAAGUGAUAUUGAAAAAAAUGACGCAG